CCCACAAGUGCCCCCCACCCCCGGGCAGGGCUGUACAUGGACCGGCGCUGCGUUUAUUACCGGAAGCCGCUGCUGGAGUCGGGCACGCUGGGCACCAAGGGCAACGUGCAGGUGGUGAUCCCGUUCCUGAGCGAGUCCUACAGCUCCAGCCAGGACCCCCCCGAGAAGGCCAUUCCCAUCUGCACCCUCAAGAACUUCCCCAACGCCAUCGAGCACACGCUGCAGUGGGCGCGUGACGAGUUCGAGGGGCUCUUCAAGCAGCCGGCCGAGAACGUCAACCAGUACCUGAUGUGAGUGGGGGGCACCCCAAAACCC